AUGGCGAGAAUACUCAUGGCAGAAGGUCAUCAAAAAGUUCCGGUAAAAGCACGGGUCGUGGCCGCCGCCAUCAUCGUGCAGAACGGAUCGACGGCAAACCCCGAGAAGAAGAAAAGCAAAAAUGGAAAAAUAAAAAACUACCACAUCAGCAUCGACGUAACUACCAACAGGCACGGAGACCACGAUGCAUGCAGCAUGCGUGCCCCUUUCGUAAAAUUGUGGACUCGGUUGAUCCGGAAGUUUUCCCUAGCGGAAUCAAGCCAAAAUCAACUCCCUGCCGAUGAGGAGGUCAAUGCUCAGGACGUCGUCGAUCGUAGGGGCGUGUACGGAGUCCUAUUAUGUAUUGACAAUAACGAACGCUCUGGCAGCCAAUACUCCAUGCCGGAGUACCGAGAAAGCGGAAUGUCUCAGCGAAACCGAAUCCUCGAAAACUUGCCUAUAUUUGCCAAAUAUUUGAAGAAGGCUACGGAGCCUGGAUUGAGCUGA